AUGCUCAGCAAGUCUAACCUGUUUUCUAUUAUACCAAACCGCCACACACCACCUCCCAAGGGUGGGUUUCAUAUAUAUUCGUCUUCUUCUUCUUUCCCAAUCCUUGCUCUUUUUCCAUCACACCAAAUUCCCCCACACAAGAGAACAACAAGCCAAGAGAAGAGAAGAUUCUAAACAGGAGAAGAGAGAAGUAGAUUUUUACUACCACAGGAGAGAGAGAGAGAGAGAGAGAGAGAGAGAGAGAGAGAGAGAGAGAGAGGAUUAUGGCUGAUGAUCUCCAUACAGCAGGGAUAUGCAGUGGAAGAGGGAGCUGGUGGAUGAACUCAGCGAGGAGCAGCGCCGGACUCGAUGGUCAGAUUGCGAUCUCCUCGACGUCGAUAGCCGACAUCGAUGCAAGAGGGUCGACCUUCAGUUGGUCGGCGGGCGAGAGCAAGUCGCGGUCCUGCGAAGAGUCCACUGGCUCGGCCUCUGCCGGAAGCUCAAUAACCUUCCAAGACACCCACUUAAAUCCCUCCAUGAACUGGAAUGAAACCCUACUCAGCGGCGGAAAAGCUGAUACAAGAAUUCAAGCCAUGCACCAAGAUGAUCUAAGCAAAAGGCCCUAUUGGCAUGACGGACUGUUGAUAGACUCGUAUCGAGCUCACGUUGGUGUCGAAGAAUCCUCCACAAAUUUAUUCAAGGAGAUUAACCAUGGAAAAAAUUUCCUCCUGGACAAACAUCUGUUGAAUUCAAGUAACGAAGCUUCCGCUUCCUUUGGAAGCCCUUCUAGAUUGCUCCAAACCUUUAUCACUAGCGAGGCGAAUCCUCCACUUUCGAUUUAUGGAAACCCAUAUCUACAUCAUCAGAGUUCGACGGCUACGGCUUCUCAUGAGAGCUUAAGUGAGCUUUUGCAGCCCUCAUGGACAAAAUUCUCUCAGUUGGUUAAGCCUUCACCAUUAAAGAAUCAGUUGCAGUUCUCCAAUAGCACUCCCUUUUGGAACCCUUCUUCUACUGCUAUGAAUGAAGUGAGUUCAGGGUUUUACCCCUCCGUGCCUUCGCAGUUCAUCUCACAGCAGAAACCAAGUUACAGCAAUCUCAUAGUGAAGGAGAAAUCUUUGUUAAAUUCGGAACAAGUUCAAGACUCAUGCUCAUCUGCAAAAAAGAAAAGCAGCAGUGGUGAUGAUCAUCAACCCACGUUUAAAAAGCCUCGAAUCGAGACCCCGUCGCCAUUACCGACCUUUAAAGUGAGGAAAGAGAAAUUAGGGGACAGAAUCACUGCGCUCCAACAGCUGGUUUCUCCUUUUGGAAAGACUGAUACAGCAUCAGUUCUUCAUGAAGCCUUUGAGUAUAUUAAGUUCCUUCAUGAACAAGUGAGUGUUUUGAGCACACCAUAUAUGAAAAAUGAGGAUCUCACGCAGCACCAGCAGGGUUUGGAGAGGUUGAACGAUGGCGAGGGACCGAAACAAGACCUUAGAAGCCGAGGUUUGUGUUUGGUUCCGAUUACGAGCACUUAUCCGGUCGCUACCGAGACUGUCGCAGAAUUCUGGCACCCUACCUUUGGAGGAAGCUUCAGGUAGUGGGGUAAGGGCUCUGAGGAAAAAGAUUGGAUUACAACUUUUUUAUUAUAAAGAAGCAAAAUUCAAUGGUUGUUGUUAAAGAAGUGGGAGAUCAAUCAAGAGUGACAGAAAAUGCAUAUAUUGUUUGUAAAAUUAUAGUUAUUUGCAGGGAGAAAAGCAAAACCCUAACAUAGGAAAGAUAAGGAAAUGAGGUGGCCCUUCAAAGACAGGAAUUGUUGGGACAGCUAUAUACAAGGAGAAUGUUGUGAGGUAGGUCAUGGUGUAUAGAGCUUUAGAAAGAAUGUUCAAUAUAUAAUUAAUGUUGUUGUAUUUUAUUGAUUAAGAGGUGGGUCAAAGAAUUAAUGGGAA